AUGGAGGUCACCGUCACCUUCAAUGAGCUGCUCAAGGCGCGCUCGGCGUCUACCACCCGCGGCGCCCUGCCGGACCUCGACCGAAUCGACAGUUACCUCAAGGAAGCAUCGUCGAUCAACCGCGACAUUGUCAACCUGCACAGCGAACUGUCGCAUAUUCGACAAGCCUACCUGUCCACCGCCGCCCCUCGAAAGACACAUCUUCGGAAAGGCGCCCAGGACAACAAAUCUAUCUAUCUCACCGAUGCAGACCGCAAUGCAGUCGACAAGAUGGCCAAGGAGUCACUACAACGGCUCAACCUACGCAUCCGCAUCUUGGAGGACGAAGAGGCCAAACGACAUGACGCGGCCAUGAAGGACAUCAACCGUAAAUACGGGCGCGGCUUGCGCGCGCUGACGGGAUGGGCUGCGGGCAGCGCGCUGGGGCAGGACGGGGACGGCGCAAAGAGCCCGGAGCACGCAGCGGCCAUCAGAUUAGAGAUGCAGUUGUUCGUGCACAAGGGGACCGUCAUUGGCUACCUCAAGGAGAAGCUGAACGCCACGACCAAGCUGCAGGGCGGCAUGAUGGAAACGAGGCUCGCGAGGGAGAUGGAGAAGAACAGGAGCAUACUAGCCAAGGCCAGGAGCUCACAGCUCCCGCCCGCGCUGGCCAAGGAGUUUGGGUUUGACGAACCCGGCGCAGGCUCACCAUCUGCGCCCAGGCCGUCCGCACCCGGCCUGGCUGUAGACGAGGAGGAAUCGAGGAAGCGGCAGGAAGAGGCUCUCGACCUCACGGACGAGCAGAGGCAGAUAUUUGAGAAGGACAACCAGGACAUGCUAAAGCACUACAACACGGCGCUGGACAAGGUCAAGACGGUGGAGAAGUCGAUCAUGGAGAUCGCGGAGCUGCAGCAGAUGCUGGCGGACAACCUGACGGUGCAGUCGGCGCACAUUGACCAGCUGGUGACGGACGCGGAGAGGACGGAGGAGAACGUCGGGGGCGGAAACAAGCAGCUGAAGAAGGCGUCGCAGAGGAAGUUCAGCCAGGCGCGGGUGACAUUCUAUGCGGCCAGCGCUCUGUGUACAGUUCUGGUGCUGUGGGACUUGAUAAUAUAG